AGUCUAUGAGUUGAAUCCGCGGUGAAAGAACGUUAUUUUGCGCGCGUGAAUCAUUUAAAUUUCAAUUGAAAAAAAUUCCACUUAUAGUUGAAAAGUAAAAUAGAAGGAGAACGAAGAAAAACCGCGUCGGCGCAAGAAGUUAAAGCAGCGAAGGAAAGUUUACGGAAAAGUGUUGCAAAGGAAUUGGAAAAUUCUUUUUUUUUGAAAAUUGUGUGUGAGUGUGUGUGAAAAGCCAAUUUGGAAUACGCGCAACGAAGAACAUGAGUGGAGCCUCGGUGUUGAGCUCCUCAAGAUCAUCAAUAUCAUUGGAUUAAGUCUCUGUAUCAAAGAAAAAAUUGGAUUAACCUGGAAGGUGGAUUUAAAAAGAAGUGAGCAAAAAAAAAAGAAGGAAAAGUGUCUCAGAUUGAGAAGAAGAAGAAAUGUGGGAUGAUGAUUGCCACAUUGAGUGAAGAAGUGCACCCAAAUGAUGGGAUUGAGUGUAUUAAUGAGGUUGUGAAGAAAUGCUAGAGAACUAGGCGUAGAGUGAUCUGUCUAAAGCAGAGAGUUCUUGUAGGAAGUAAUGAGAACGAUGGGUUCAUCACCGGCCUUUUUUGGCAUCAUUAUUGGGACAAUUUUUGGUGUUCUCGGUGCAUCAAUGAGUAAAUCAUUGCUGUACCAGGCACCUGAUGAAUGUCGCUGGGUCGGCUCAACGGAUGACGAUGUGACCCUCGUGUGUAAACUAAGGACCAUCAAUAGUGAACUUGAGAAUACGAAUUUUAGUGUGAUACAGCCACAGAAUACAAUUCGUCUGAGGCUCGAAUGCAGCGAUGGGCUCUUCUUUCAGAGCUCCAUCAAUCCCGGGAGUUUUAGGGCCCUCAUUGAACUACGUUCACUAUCCGUUGAAUACUGCAAACUCUCCAAUCUCACCGAUGGGAGCUUUCGGGGCUUGAGUGCUCUGAGAAAUCUCACCAUACGUACGCAUAAUUCCGAUUGGAGUGCCAUGAGUCUCGAUGUAGGGCGUGGGGUAUUCACGGAAGAGCUGGAGUCCCUAGAAGGACUCGAUCUUAGUGAUAAUAACAUGUGGACAAUUCCCGAUGGAAUGAUUUGCCCCCUGCGUGCCCUGCAGAGGCUCAAUCUUACGCGCAACCGAAUACGCGAUUUGGGGCCAUUCCACCUGAGCGCCUCAAUUAGCACAGUGUCAUCGAAGAAAUGCGGCUCAGCCCUUCAGAUGCUAGAUCUUUCCCACAAUAGUAUUGAAAAUCUCCCAGCAGCCAUUUUCUCCGGGCUUGGGCGCCUUGCUGAACUUCGUCUUGGCGGCAAUGGGAUGAAUUUUAUUGCUGAUCGUGCACUCGAGGGGCUAAUAAGUCUCGCCAUUGUUGACCUAUCGGAGAAUAGACUAACAAAUCUCCCUCCUGAACUCUUUUCCGAAGCACGCAACGUUCAGGAGAUUUACCUACAGAACAACACCCUCAAUGUCCUUGCUCCAGGAAUCUUUAGUGAAUUAACGCAAGUUGUUGUUUUGGACCUAUCGCACAAUGAGCUAACAUCUGAGUGGAUAAAUGGGGCAACAUUCCGCGGUAUGAGGCGACUAAUCGUGCUGGAUGUCUCAAGUAAUCGUAUCAGCCGUUUGGAGGUGACGACCUUUCGGGAUUUGACCUCAUUGCAAAUUCUUCGUUUGCAAGAGAAUCAAAUUGAAACAAUUCCCGAUGGAAUUUUCGCGGAUCUUGGGAAUUUGCACACCCUCGUGCUGUCCAAUAAUCGUCUCAGUGUAGUGGAUGGGACAACACUUCAGGGUCUGCACUCACUAUCACUCCUUAGCUUGGACUAUAAUCGCAUUGGGCACAUUGAUCGGGCUGCAUUGAAGAAUUGUUCCAGCACAUUGCAGGAUCUCCAUUUGAAUGGGAAUAAAUUGACGCGUGUCCCGGAUGUCCUAUUUGAUGUACCCCAACUGAAAACCCUGGAUCUGGGAGAGAAUCAAAUAACCAGCAUUGAUGAUGCCAGUUUCAGUGGGAUGACCCAGAUGUUUGGACUACGUCUUACGGAGAAUAGUAUUGAGACAAUUCGAAGGGGUACAUUUGAUCGUAUGGAAGCCCUGCAGAUCCUCAACCUUUCCCACAAUAAAAUCCGCAAAAUUGACCAUGAAGCCUUCAACAAGAACGGCAAUCUUCAGGCUAUACGGCUUGAUGGGAAUCACCUGAGUGACAUCACGGGGCUCUUCACGAAACUCCCAAAUCUCGUUUGGCUGAAUAUCUCGGACAAUCGUUUGGAGAUCUUUGACUACGCCCUCAUCCCAACGGGCCUCCAAUGGUUGGAUAUUCAUGCAAAUAGCAUAGCUGAACUUGGGAAUUAUUUUGAAAUGGAAAAUCAACUGUCACUAACGACUUUCGAUGCCAGUUCAAAUAGGCUGAGUGAAAUUACCGGAAGCGCCAUUCCCAAUAGCAUUGAAGUGCUGUACUUGAGUGACAAUCGCAUAGCCAAAGUGCAAUCGUACACCUUCUUCAAGAAGCCAAACCUAACGAGGGUUGAUCUCUUUGGGAAUAAGAUCACAACACUCGACCCGAAUGCUUUGCGCAUAUCAGCUGUCCCGGAUGAUCGAGCUCUUCCGGAAUUUUUUAUUGGUGGCAAUCCAUUUGAGUGCGAUUGCAAUCUCGAUUGGUUGCAGAAGGCAAAUGCACUGGACUCACGCACGCAGCCAAAACUAAUGGACGUCGCGAGUAUUUACUGCAAACUCCUCUAUAAUCGCGGGAAGAUGUACGUCCCCCUCGUUGAGGCAGAAGCUAGUCAAUUUUUGUGCAAAUACGAAACCCACUGCUUUGCCCUGUGCCAUUGCUGUGACUUUAAUGCGUGCGAUUGCAAAAUGGAAUGCCCCGAUCGUUGCUCAUGCUUUCACGAUCAAAGUUGGACGGCGAAUGUUGUGGAUUGCUCACGAGCGGGGUAUGAGAAUAAACUCCCGGAUCUCAUACCCAUGGAUGCCACACAAAUUCAUCUCGAUGGGAAUGAUCUUCGUGAGGUGGCUAGUCAUGCAUUCAUUGGGCGCAAGAAGCUGCGGAUGCUCUUCCUCAAUAGCAGCAACAUCCACACGGUGCACAAUCGCACCUUUAACGGCCUUCGGGACUUGGAAGUCCUCCAGCUCGAUCAUAAUCAUCUCACCGCCCUCAAUGGGUAUGAAUUUGCGGGUCUGCUGAACCUACGUGAGCUCUACCUGCAACACAAUGCCAUUGCCACCAUUGACAAUGAUACCUUUAGCCACCUGCUUGAGCUGAAGAUUCUCCGACUUGAUCACAAUCAUCUCACUACUUUCACAUUCACCGCCCUCCCGGGUAGCCUAACUGACGUUCAUCUCGCGGGAAAUCCGUGGAGUUGUGAAUGUGACUUCGUGAAUCGCGUGAAAGACUUUAUGAGUGAUGUUGUGAAGGACAGAAUGAAAGUAAAGUGUACACACGUAGUGAUUAGUGAGAACGACGUAACGUACCCAACAACAGCCCAUUUCCGUUCACGUCGUGGCACGGUGAUUGACAAAGUGCCCGAAAACGACGGUUUCUACGUGCUGGCUGAGAAUAGUUCACGCAUCUGCACGGGUGUCCAUGAGAUUGGCAAUAAGAGCAAUUUAACGUCAACAAAGACAAUUCUCUCACAACCACCCCUAAAUGACUACAUCCCCCUGCUUGUAGCCACUCUCUGUGGCUUCCUCAUCGUGAUCGUUGCCAUUCUCGUGAUCUUCGUCUUCCGCCAGGAGAUGCGAGUGUGGUUCCACUCACGCUUUGGCGUGCGGCUCUUCUAUCGUGGUAGUGACACUGAUAAGAAUGAACGUGACAAACUCUACGAUGCCUUCGUGAGUUAUAGUUCCAAAGAUGAAGCAUUUGUGGCUGAAGAUUUAGCGCCAGCCCUCGAAAAUGGUGACCCGCAGUACAAACUCUGUCUGCACUAUCGUGACUUUCCCAUUGGACCCUACAGUCCCGAUACAAUUGUCCAAGCUGUGGAAUCAUCACGACGCACAAUAAUGGUGCUCUCGGAGAAUUUCAUCAAAUCUGAGUGGUGUCGGUUUGAAUUCAAAAGUGCCCAUCAUCAGGUGUUGCGCGAUCGACGACGACGCCUCAUUGUCAUCCUCCUGGGGGAGGUGCCACAGAAGGAUCUCGAUCCGGACAUUCGGCUCUACCUGAAGACAAACACCUACCUCCAGUGGGGUGAUAAACUCUUCUGGGAAAAACUCCGUUUCGCCCUCCCGGAUGUACCGAAUAAUCAGCGACGACAGACACCGCAGAAUCGACACCAAAACACCCCAAUUGUCAUCCACCAGACGCCAGUUACGCACUUUAGGAAUCACAAUGUAAAUCGCCACAAUAAUCGCAAUGUGGCGCAGCAGAUGAUGAUGUCACAGCAACCACUGCAGCCGAUGAUUGCACCAUCAGCCCCCAUGGAUCAAGCAACGACAAUGUCGGCACCUCCAAAUGGGCCCAGAACAGUUGCCAUCCACAUUUGACGGUGAUGGCAAAUUAGCAGCGAUGGUGGUGAUGACACGUGUGCAGCAGCAUCACUUUUGGGUGAUGAUCGUGAUGCAAUUCAAGUGACGUCUCUGUGAAAAUUCGUGUGAUCAUCAAUUGUGAUCUGCAAUGUGAAGCGAUCACGCGAAGUUAUUGUGAAGUGAUCGCAAGAAUAAUUGUGAAAAGAUCGUUAAAAUUCUGGUAAGAAGAUCCCCAAAAUUAUUAUGAAAGGAUCGCUUUACUCAAUGCAAAUAGAUCACUAAAAAUAAUAUAGAACGAUGGUGAAGAGUAAGAUCAUUUUUUGUGAAAAGAUCAUUGAAAUUCUCUGUAAAAAGAUCGUUGAAAUGUCUUUGAGAAAUACAUUGAAAUUUCGAUAAGAAGAUCCUCAAAAUUCCUGUGAAAAUGUCGUUAGAUUCAAUUCAAAGAAAUCGUUGAAAUAAAUGCAUUAAGAUCACUAAAAUUAAUGUGCAACGAUCGCUAAAUUCAUUGUGAAAGGUAAGAUAAUCUUUUUUAUGUGAGAAAAUCGCUAAUUUCAUUGUGGGGAGAUUCUCAAAAUUCUUAUGAGAAGAUCGUUAAAAUUCUUGGAAAAAAAGGAUCAUAAGAAAUUUUAUACAAAGAUCCUAAAAUUUUUUAUGAAAAGAUCGCUAAAAUCAAUGCAAAAAAAUCAUUAAAACAAUUGAUAAAAGGUCCCAGAAAUUGUUAAAUCCAGAAAUUCUUAUAAAAUCGUUAAGAUCAAUCAAAAAAGAUCACUGAAAGGAAAUUUUAAAAUUUAUUUACUCUGCGUUGAUACCACUGCUU